AUGGCUCAGCAGCAACCAUCCCGGCGCGUCCUCGAAUGGAUCAAACAGCAACAAGCCGAAGCGGGGGACGCUCCACGUAGAACGCGUAAGACAAAGACAAAGCAUCGAAGCUCGCUCGAUGACGCCCUGCAAAACGAUCCAGCCGCGUUUGGCAACAUCCCUCAGCAGAUUCCACUGCCUAGAUCUCGCGAUGGAUCGUCGACAGCCAGCGACCAUGGACAACGAGGCCAAAAUGCAGCCAGAUCUUCACUGGAGCUGCUGGAUCGGGAUGACACUUUCAUACUGCCUUCAUCUAUUCCAUUGCCUCCAUCACUGCCACCGUCACCAAAACAAUUGGCAGUGCAACGACAGGCGACCGAUAAGCUGACAAGGAAGCGCCCAUCCUACGCUGAAAUCCUAGACCGCGCAGCAGGUGUCUUCGACCACAUCGCAAAUGGAAAUAUCCGCAAAACUCCACGAGUGGAGAGAACCUCAAUCAUGCUGUAUGAAUACUAUGACGAUCACACGGCCUCGAGUGUAGAAAUCGACAACCCUGAAUCAGUUGCCAGCUAUCGCGACGCGCCCGAGGGAUUGAGCAGGCGCGUGUUUAUCGUCGAAGACCUAUCAGAGCGUACUAUUCACGCCUUGGGGGAGACGUUCGGAGUCACGCCAGAAUUCUUCGAGGAGCAUCUGUUGAACUCUGGUUACAGUGGUGCGCAGUAUGAUGAUCCACCGGCGCGGUCAUGGAAGACAGCAGGGUUGAAUAAGUCAUACGUGUCGAUCCAGUGGGUUCGGCCCAUGUAUCGGCGUCAGCCACUAUUCUCCAACCGUGACCGGGAAGACCUACUAGAUUUGAAUCGUGAUGGGUUAGAUUACAUAUCCGGCAACUCGAUCUUUAGUCUCAAAGCAGAGACAAAUAUUUUUCGCCCCGAGUGGGACCUACGUGUGGAUCCGCACCGAACCGCGAAGGAGACGAGGGAGUUUGGCUUAGUCGAGCGGGCAUCAAUUUGGAAGAAGAAGGUUGAGGAUAGGGACUAUGAAAUCGUUAUCGUGCUGCUUGAUCCGCUGCCGGCGAUUAGUUAUAGCCAUGAUCAGACGCAGGAAAUCCUACAGAUUGCUGCUAACGCCGAUAGUGAUCACGAUGAGCAUGAUACUGGUGAUGGUAAUGGAGAAGGAACUCGGCCAAUCCUGAUAAUCGAGGGCGACGAUGGCGUCGAGGCGCUUGCGAUCCCAAUCGAGAACCCACGGCGAGAGACAACUGGGCGUCGGGUAUUAGACUGGUUGCUCAGGCGACAGAGGCAAGAAGUCCACAAGAGAAAAGUCAAUCUCGAGAGAACUAUCCAGGUUUUGGUUAAGCAGAUGGCUGCCCGGAAGACCGUUACUAUCGACCUGGAGGAGGCUAUUGUGACCGGUGAUUUCUUGGCGACUCUCCAGGAUGAACUCAACGAGACCAGGUCCACGAGGCAGGAGAUCCAUCACAUGGUAGACAAAAAGGCUACCCCAGUCAGUUUGGUAGAUACCCUAUUUGAGAUCAUUCGGCAAGACACCCUGACUUUGCUUCGGGUGCUCAAUGAGAUCUUGAGCGAUAUGGAGAUUGAUAUCCUCGACGACACGAAGAUGGAGGAUCGAUUGGCAUUGUGGCGCCAACUCAUAAGUAAAGCUGAGCGAGAACUAUCGGACCUCAUCACGUCUACUAGGAGCUUUCUGGCAUUUUUCGAUAUCACACACCCAGCCAAUACAUCUCUAGCAGUAGCAGAUGGCAGCUCAGACAUCAUCCGAAGUGUAUCAGACCUCUUCGACCAAAUAAACCAGAUUCUCACCCGGCUACGACGCGCAUCUUCAUCCUUGACAUCGAACAUGGGUCUUCUGGACAGCCGACGCUCCAUCGACGAGGCGCACGCCGUAACGCGACUCACUGAGCUAGCGUUCAUCUUCAUUCCACUGUCGUUUUCAACAUCCGUGUUUGGAAUGCAAAUCGAGCCCUUCAAAGAUUCAGCGCCCGUGUGGAAAUUUGUCGUUGUCGCAAGCACUGUGACAACGUUCGCGUACCUGAUGCGAUUAACAAUGCGCAGCCAAUGGCUAGCAAGUCUGAAGCAGAGUGUGAAGCUGGAUGUUAGACGAUACGCGGAGCAACGCGGCCUUCCCGUGCAGGUUAGGUCUCUAUCGAUGUUCCUACUCUUACAAUGGUUCGGUAGUGCACUUCUCCGGAGUACUAAGGCAACCUGGGUCUGGAUAGACAGGAAUAGUCGCAAGGGUGGGGCCGAGUUGUGGAAGGUGGUAGGAUUCCCGGUAGGUCUCCUUCUGAUGACUGGGAUUGUUGCAGUAGCACCCAUAGCCGUGCUCUGGACUCGGAGUUUGGAUCAGGGCGUGCAGGGCACAGUGACCGUCGUAAUCAUGGUUGCCAUCCUAGGCCUGGUGGGCGUACCAUAUUGGCGCCGUUCCAAUCCAGAGUUUCGCUAUGCACUCCCGAGAAUAGUUAUGCGCCUGCUCGAGCGUAUUCCGUCAACGAUCCGCGGAUUGCUUCUCUGGGUGCUGGGGAUUAUGGCCCUAGUUGCAAUCCCGCUCGCAUUGAUAUGGACGCGUCCACUGGCGUCGGGUAUUAAAGCAGGGUUGACUGCCGCCAUUCUAGUGAUUCUAAUAACUGGUGUCGGAUUUCUUGGGGCGCAGGUUCUGUAUUUUAGGGCUGCAUCCUUUUCGUGGAGAAGUACGACCUCCUCGGAGGGGACAUCUGUCUCCGGAGAGGCGAGCGCACGGUAUUUUCGUAAUUAA